GAGGCCCGGCCCCUCCCUUCCCAUCCUUGCCCUGCAUAAACUCAGCAGCUCCAAAUGUGCAUCUCCUCACUCUUUCUCUCAGCGUUAGGGAGCGCGAUGCCUUGAAAAUCGUCUCUGUGUUCCGACAUUCGGUACAGUUAUCUCCUUACCCCUGCUCUCGAUUCCCUACGUCGCACACCCCGAGACUUCUGUUCGCCGGAGGGCAGCCUAAGCCCACCCUGAACGCCGGUCCCUGUGGCCAGAGCCCACUGAUGCUCUUCGGUUGGAAGCCUCCCGAAAGGUGCCUGCCCCCGCAGGAGCCCUUGGCCGUAGGAGGUGUUCCUUCUUCCCCACCUCCCCUCGCCUGCAGACAGCUCUUGCCACCCUUUCAUCCACCCUUGGAUAAGCCCCGCGCCCCUCCCUGCUGGCGCCCUGCAGAGCACCCCCUCCCUUGACUGAGCCCCGGCGGGUGGGAAGCGGAGCUGGCAGGGGCGCGCGGGAGGUGCACGGAGCUCCCCGGCUGCUGGCGCUGGCUGCGCCUGGGGAAUCGGGCUGUGGGCGAGCGGCCUGCGCUGGCCUUUAUCACUUGCCCGGCUUGUCGUUUGAAACUUUAUCAGCGAGUCUCACCACUCUCUGCAGACCGAGCAGGGGGCGGGAGCGCUGCGAGGCGCCAGUGGUGGUGAGGAGGCGCUCCGGGUGCUGAGCGCUUCUGCUCUGGGCACGCAUGGAGCCCGCACACGGAGUCUGACCUGAUGUGGACUCAAGGGGGUUAAUAUGAACGCCCCUCUCGGUGGAAUCUGGCUCUGGCUCCCUCUGCUCUUGACCUGGCUCAGCCCUGAGGUCAGCUCUUCAUGGUGGUACAUGAGAGCUACAGGUGGCUCCUCCAGGGUGAUGUGUGACAAUGUGCCAGGCCUGGUGAGCCGCCAGCGGCAGCUGUGCCACCGAAACCCAGAUGUGAUGCGUGCUAUUGGCUUGGGCGUGGCUGAGUGGACGGCUGAGUGCCAGCACCAGUUCCGCCAGCACCGCUGGAACUGCAACACGCUAGACAGGGACCACAGCCUCUUUGGCAGGGUCCUGCUCCGAAGUAGUCGGGAAUCUGCCUUUGUUUAUGCCAUCUCCUCAGCUGGAGUUGUAUUUGCCGUCACCAGGGCCUGUAGCCAAGGAGAAUUAAAAUCCUGUUCCUGUGACCCGAAGAAGAAGGGAAGCUCCAGGGACAACAAGGGCACCUUCGACUGGGGUGGCUGUAGUGAUAACAUUGACUAUGGGAUCAAAUUUACCCGAGCAUUUGUGGAUGCCAAGGAAAAACAAGGCAAGGACGCCAGAGCCCUGAUGAAUCUGCACAACAACAGAGCUGGCAGGAAGGCUGUGAAGCGGUUCUUGAAACAAGAGUGCAAGUGUCAUGGUGUGAGUGGCUCAUGUACGCUGAGGACAUGUUGGCUGGCCAUGGCUGACUUCAGAAAAACGGGUGAUUAUCUGUGGAAGAAGUACAGCGGGGCCAUCCAGGUCGUCAUGAACCAGGAUGGCACUGGUUUCACUGUGGCUAAUAAGAGGUUUAAGAAGCCAACGAAAAAUGAUCUUGUGUAUUUUGAGAAUUCUCCAGAUUACUGUAUCAGGGACCGAGAUGCAGGCUCCAUGGGUACAGCUGGCCGUGUGUGCAACCUGACCUCCCGAGGAAUGGACAGCUGCGAAGUCAUGUGCUGCGGAAGAGGCUACGAUACCUCCCGCAUCACGCGGAUGACCAAGUGCGAGUGUAAGUUCCACUGGUGCUGUGCUGUGCGCUGUCAGGACUGCCUGGAGGCCCUAGACGUACACACCUGCAAGGCCCCUAAGAGCGCUGACUGGGCAGCUCCCACAUGACCCCAAGGGAAGUCACCAUCCACCUUCCCUCCUGCAAGGACUCUAUUGGGUCUGCAAGGACACUGGGCCUUUGGGUCCUCUCAGGAGCCAUGUGGCCUUUGUCUCAACAGAAGCCUCUCCUCCCUCACUGGGCACCCCAGGACUGGGGCCACAUGCCUGCCUUCCCCACUUCCAGCAUUCUGCAGCACCUCUUUCUGGUUGUGGCAGGCUGUCGGAGGGGAAGGGAUGUGGGCCCAGAUCACUGUCUCCACUCACCUAGAUAGUUCCUUUUUCCAGAGUGGCUGGCCAGGAGGAGAAAGAGUGUCUCAAAAGAGUUUUCUCUGUGUGUUUCCAGCAAAUGCUCAAGUUCAAUUCCAUACUUCUCAAUGGAGGGUAAUGUAAAGAAAGCGGGAUCAACUACCACUGGAUUAACUCUAAUUUUUAAAAAGACCAAGCAAGAAUUUUUGCCUAUCAAGGGAUUUUCACAGCCUCCCAGAGUAAUUUGUAAUUACCUAGAGAAGGGUGGCUUUCAAUAAAUUUAAGGUUUAAAAUGCAUCUAUUUCAAGGCAUUUAUUGCCAUAUUAAAAUCUGAUGCAACAAGGUGGGCUGCUGUCCUUUGGUACAGCAACAACAAAAGCCUCAGAAAGUGACUGCUUUACAUUACUGCCCCCUUGAUAUAAAGGACUUUUGGGAAUAGACUUCUUUCUCACUUAGGAUCUGAACAGAGUUAGAAAGAAAAUUGACAUCUGACAGUAUUCUGUAACUAUCAGAUAAAGAUGGGGGAAAAUAAUUUAGUAAGUAGAGUAUCAGAAAAUGUGUCUGUACAGAUUAAAGGGGAGGGAGUAAAAUUCCUAUCUGGUAUGAUGCAUGUGACCUAUGGGAUUUUGUAACUCAAACAGCUUUGACAAUGAAAACUUUUGGGAUGACAAGAGCAGGGAACCAAAAUGCUGACAGAAAGGUUUCCAGAUCUAAGUCAUGCCCAGACAGCUUCUACCACAAGCAGAUGCCUAAAUGAAAUUGUCCAUGUGUGCAGAGGAGUAUCAACUAGUACUCAUCACCCUUCAAGCACAUUUUAAAAAACUGUCGUAUAUAAUUGUGUUCAUUUGAUGCUUACAAGAUGACAAAAUACCAUAGCCUAAAGCAGCAAAUGACACAUAGCCUUGCUUGUAAAUUGGUAACCCUAGUACAUUAUAUUGCAAACAAAUCAUAACUUGGAGACUGUAUUUAAUGGACCCAGCUGUAAUUAUGAGAGCAUCACUAUACAAGUUGUGUUUGGCUUCUGCCAUGAGCUAAAAGAUGAUAUCCAGGGGAAAUAGAGAGGCUGCCUCACCCAUUUUAUAUAUUAUAUGAAAAAAAGGUGAAAUAUAUAAAGCUACUUCUCAUGUUCCCUCCUGCAUUUAGUUUCUUGUUCAAAACGUUAUCUCUUCACAGAGCUGUGUUGACUAACAGGACAUUUCCUUAUAUGCAUCUGAUGUCAAAUUUUCAUCCUUCCUCAUUCUUUACUAAUUUGGCCUUUGGUUUCACUAUCCUUGCUUCACAGAGGAUAUUUGGACUGAGGUUUGUGAAACACAACCUGCUGGAGUACUUUCUCAGUAGUGAGAUUUGCCUUCUAACCCUCUUUAAAAUGACAGCAUUCAUCUCUUUUCCCUUACUUCCCAAACCCAGAAUUAGUUGUCUGGUUUUUCCAAAGCAGCUCUUCCCUCUGUUUAUCUUAUGGAUUUGGAGCUGGGAGGAGUGGGACGUGACAGCAGAUGCGGUGAGCUCAGUUGGGCCAUGUGGGUAGUGGGAAGGCUGGGCAAGGGGUCUCGGUCUUAAUAACACUGAGGCUUGCAGUCAGUGCCUUCCUGGGAGGGCAAGGGGACUCUCGUGGGAUCCCAAAGCCAUUAGCCCUUUUUCCUACUGGAUAAACGGUGAAGUCGUAAAUUGAUGGAAAUAUUUAGAGAACAUCUCAGCUGCCCUCAGUUUAUGUCUGAGGGGAACUGAGACCAAUAGAGGUGAAGGGGUCUGUGCAAGUGUCAGCCAUUGCCCUAGUGCUCUGGCACAGACUGGCCCACACUCCAAGAGUAUUCAAGAAAGUGAAGCACUUUAUCUACUAAAUAAAACUAGUUUGUCUCAGGAUCUACUCAGUAGAUUCUAAAUUUUAGCAUCCGAAAGCAAUAUUCAUUUUUCUUAUUCCUGGGAUAGUUAGAUCUGACUUUCUUUCUAUGCUGAAAUGCAUCUUUCCUGAUAGGGAGGAAGGGGAUAAAGCAUAUCCAUGUAAAAACCUGAAUAAAUUGUCCAAAUUUGUGGCAGCCAUCUCCAGUGGCAGUGAAUCUCCAGUGGUAGUGAAUGUGGCCAUUGUGGAGAACAUAAGAGAGCUAAGUAUUUUUACCUGCUCUUCUGAAAGAGGGAAUCUCCAUUAUUUAAAACAUUGAACAAAAGAGAGAAAAUCAUUUCAAAUUCAAUUUUGUUAUGGCUUAGUGAGGAUUGAUGUUCCUUGAUUCUAAAAUUUACUAAACUCUUGAUUAUCUGAGGUUUUAAGGGAAUGCGUGGCAUGAAUUACCCAAAACAAAUAAGAGAUUCUAUUCAGGUCAUAUCUUCUUACAAAGUACUUCCCAGUUUUAAAAAAUCUUAUUCUAAAUUGAAGUUUUUUAAGCUCAAGAUUAUAUCCAUUAAUUUUCUGCAAUAUCUGAAGAAGUUCCAAUAGGAGAUCUUGACUAACUCACUGGAGUCGUCUUCCAUAAAGAUAAAAUCUGCACAUGACUCUGAGACUUAGCAAAUGGGUUGUUUUCUUCAAUAGUUUGCCUCCCUAAAUUAAUCUGUGGUGCAGACUGAUCUGUCUUCUGUGAACAUGCUUGUCAAGGUACAUUUAGUUAACAGGCUCCCAGACAGCCUGUUUACCUCCUCAAAUGGCUUUAGCUCAAGCACAAAAGCCCCUGAUGUCAUUACCACACAAGGCUCUGGCUCUGUGCCCCUCAGAGAGGAGUGCCCUGGCAUGUUAUUUGACCACAGAGGACUCAGGAUUGGAGUGGAGGAGCUUAGAGCACCUCAGAACAUUAACUAUCUUCUACAGAUCUUAUCAGAUUAAAAUGAGCAACCCAGAAGGAUCUAUCAAAGAGCAGUGUAAUCUGCAUGGAGCCAGAUGAGGGGAAGGGGAGCGAGAGGGAAAGAACAAAGUAGCUGAAUGGUCAGCUGAGCUUGGUGAAGGCAGAGACUGGCUCUUUCAACCCUUGUUGGUAGCCUCCACCCUUCCUUCUGCUGUUGCUUUCCUGUCCCCUCCCAGCACCUUUUUCGAGGCUCAGUGCCCAGACCCUCCAUACCUACUGUGUAGCUUUGCUAGAGGCUGCCAAUAAUCAUCACAACCAUAUUCCGCUUUACUGGAGUUACUAUGUAGCUUUAAAAUAUCAGGUAUCACAUUUCUUUUUCAAAGAAGAUAGCUUUCAAGUCAAAAAAAUCUACCUUCACAUUGACAUUUCUUAGUCUUAUUAACUUAUUCAGAUUAUUAUCAUAGACUUGUAGAUCAAGUCUGCGAGUCCCAAAUUAUGGCCUUUCAGAAGCAGCCAACAUGACCAUGCAUGUGCUUGAGCUUGAUGGCAUUUUCAAGCCAGGAUUUUGUUAUUAUUUCUCAUUGAUUAAAGGUUGGCCCAGGGUUGGCGUUCUCGCUUAGCUGCAGAACAUUCAUCUCCCCUCUUGCCCACUCUCAAAAUAAAGGCUCAGAGAAGCGUCCAAUGGACCAGAACCAUUCUUUUGUGUCUAUUUACUGUACUUCAAUCUGGGUUUCCUUAUCUUAAGAGCAAGAGUUGUAUUCUUCACAAGUAGACCUCACCAGUUCCAAAGCUGGUGAAUUGCUUUUGUCAAGUCUGUGCUGAAAUUCUGAAAAGCAAUGCACUGGUGUAAGCUGACAGCUAAGGCAUGCUUAUUCUGACCUUCUCCUUAUAUCUGCAGAGAAAAUAUUCAGUCAUCCAUGAGAAUGUUCUUUACAUUUUUCUGGGGAUCAGUGAGGUGACAGGUGGUUUGUAAAGCCCUACAUGAUCAUUAUUUUUCUAAAUCAUUGUUGUUCCAGCUCUAGGGGUUUUUUUUUCACUGAUAUUCACAUGGAUUCUUGUUUAACCAAACCUCCCACUUCCAUGAGCUAAUAAAAGUGUCAUGCAGAUUGUU